AUGCGCUUGGAGCCUGCCGAGGGGCCUGUUGGUCUCAGCUAUGAGCUUGGACACCUUGCGUCGCUGCUCUUGGUUGUGGUCCUCAUCGGCCUUGGUAUGGCAGCACGUCAUGUCGCCUGGUUUACAGUGGAGCGGAGCGAACUACUGCGGUAUGUGACCUUCAAGGUUCUGUUCCCACUUUACCUCCUUCGACAGCUGUGGGUCAUCAACCUCAGCUUUGGACUAGUAAGUCUCCUGCCUGUGAGCCUUGCAGUUCACAUCCUGUGGUUCUUUCUGAGCCAGCAGCUUUCUCGAUUCACGCCUGAGGCAUCCGAGGUGAUGGAAAAAAGCGGACGGCCGUAUGCCACUCUUGUUGGCUGGGCCGUGCUCAUGAGCCAAGGAGAGAACAUGGCCUUCACCUACCCCUUGAUUGCCGAGGCUUCCCUCCCGGAUGGUCUAGCAGUUGCUGUGAUGUGGGACUUGGGUGCCAACGUCUGGUUAUGUCAGGGUCUCCUCUGGGGCGUGGCGGCAAUUUACUCACCUCAGGUUCAGGCCUCUGCUUAUGCGCCGAUUGACCAGCCCGGUGAAGGCGAAGAUCUGCCAGACAUGUUUCUGGAUGAUCUGAAAGUUCGGAGGCUGGGCUUUUUCGCGGGCCUGCCAGCCGGAGCGAAGGACAUGGCGAUGCAGGCCGUGAUCAGCUCCGUUCUUCUCCGCGCAUGCCUUGUGGGCAUCGGCUUGAACCUCAUCCAACUACCACUUCCGGGGAUUUUGGAUGAUGGACUGCGGUAUGUUGGAAGCCUCUGCAAGGUGAUGCUAUACUUUUUGGUGGGCUUGUACGCAGACUUCAACUUGUCGGCGAAUGACUUUAAGUUUGUCGUGGCUGUGCUGUCACAACGACUGCUUGCGCAGAUUAUUCUGGCCGUGUUAGUAAUGAUCGCAAUUCCCAUGCCAAGCAUUGUGGCUCGCGAUGUCAUUGUCGUCACCAUCCUGUCGUCAGGGCCGUCUGUGCUUAUGCACAUCCUGGCAGAGACCGGCUAUGGGCCACACCUCGUGAAGCUCUGCGUCACAGGGAGCUUGAUCAGCACGCUGCUGUGCCUCACUCUGCAAACAGCUCUGCUGGUGCACUUCCAUCGAGGCUGA